CAAUAAUUUGCGGACACGCAAGGAUUUAUCGGGAGAAAUCAUGCGCUCCCAGGACCCCUCUAAUAUAUCUUGGUUUUAUUAAGGAAAUUUCCUCGACAAGCUCCAUAGACUCCCCCCCCCCCCCCCGGCGACCCGGCUCUUUACCAACUAUGCAGGAAGCCGCUGUCAUAGUCGUGGGAGCCGGCACUUCCGGCCUUGCUGCCUCCGCCUGCUUAACCCGACACUCCAUUCCCUACAUCCUCCUUGAAAGAGAAGACUGUUAUGCCUCUCUGUGGCAGAAAUAUACCUACGACCGUGUUCAUCUCCACCUUCGGAAGCAAGUUUGCCAGCUCCCUCAUAUGCCCUUCCCUCCAUCUUAUCCUCAUUACGUCCCCAGGAAACAGUUCCUGCAGUACUUGAAUGACUAUGUCAAUCACUUCCAUAUCCGCCCUUCCUAUCACAGAGCCGUCGAAUUAGCGCAGUACGAUGAUGCCCAUAACCUGUGGAGAGUUCAGGCUAGGAAUCGAAGCUCCGGUGAGGUUGAGGACUAUGCUGGGGGGUUUUUGGUGGUUGCCAGUGGCGAGACCGCGGAGCCUCGCGUGCCUGACAUUGAGGGUUUGGACACUUUUAAGGGGAAAGCGCUUCAUUCAACUGGGUAUAAAAAUGGAAAGGAGUUCAAAGAUGAGCGUGUUUUGGUUGUUGGAUCUGGCAAUUCUGGCAUGGAAAUUGCGUUAGACUUGGCCAACUACGGUGCGCAACCUUCAAUAAUCGUUCGAAGCCCGGUUCAUUUUGUCACUAGGGACAUGAUGUAUUUCGCCUCGGUUUUGUUAAAUCAUGUGCCGCUGAGCACUGUGGAGAAUCUAGUGGUGAUAUUGAGCAGGAUCGUAUUUGGGGAUCUCACCAAGUAUGGAUUACCUUGGCCUAGCGAGGGUCCUUUCACCAUGAAGUUGAAGUACGGCAAGUUCCCUGUAAUUGAUGUAGGAACCGUCCAGAAAAUCAAGUCUGGAGAGAUACAGGUGUUGCGGGAAGAAAUAAAUAGGAUUAGAGGCAACGAGGUAGUGUUCAGGGACGGCAAGUCACUUCCAUUUGACUCAAUUAUCUUCUGCACAGGCUUCAAGAGAUCAACUCACAAGUGGCUCAAGGGGGGUGAUUAUCUUCUGAACGAGGAUGGGUUUGCGAAGCAAAAAUUCCCAAACCAUUGGAAGGGGAAGAAGGGUCUGUACUGCGUUGGACUGGCACAGAGGGGUUUCUAUGGAGCCAGCUUCGAUGCACAGAAAAUAGCCGAUGACAUUGCCUCUCUUUUGCAAUCCCAGAGCAACACAACAAAUCAUUGAUUGUCGUUCUUUUGUUUUCCUUUGCCUGGGUAAACUGAUUACGUAAUGCAUACAAAAUAACUUUCCAUCCCGCAAGUUGAUAUUGUUUGAUGUAGAUACAGGAGCCACAUAUAGUGAAUUACGUGUCCAUGUCCAAACCACCACCUCUAGUUCCAUCGUGAUAUUGGAUUGAUUAUGAAGUUUCAACUCUUUUGAGUCAGCCAACAUGCCUUGUAUAUCUUAAAUAUAUAGAAAGACCUUCUUGAAGGUUAGUUACUUUCUUUGAAGAAAAAUGUCUCAUU